GUAGCGUCGCGUCCUCGGGGCACUCGCAGCCUGCGCAGGGGAGGGACGCCGGGGCCCCCCGCGCGGCUGGGGCCACUCCCCCCAGCGGGGCCGGGCCGGGGCGGCGGAGGAUGGAAACGCCCUUCUACGGCGACGAGGCUCUGAGCGGCUCCGGUGUCGGCGGCGGCGGCUCCUCCGGCUUCGCGUCCGGCCUGUUCCCCGGCGCGGGGGCCCCGUCGGCGGGCGCGAUGAUGAAGAAGGACGCGCUGGCGCUGAGCCUGGGCGAGCAGGUGGCGGCGGCGGCGGCGGCGGCGAUCAAGCCCGGCCCGGCCCCGGGCGCCCCGGGGCCGCCGGUGGCGCCGGGCCCGGCCCCGCUGCGCGUGGGCCCGGACGGCGUGGCGGGCGCGGCGCAGGGCGCGGCGGGCCCCGACGGGCUGCUGGCGGCGCCCGAGCUGGGGCUGCUGAAGCUGGCGUCGCCGGAGCUGGAGCGCCUCAUCAUCCAGUCCAACGGGCUGGUGACCACCACGCCGACCAGCCCGCAGUUCCUGUACCCGAAGGCGGCGGCCAGCGAGGAGCAGGAGUUCGCCGAGGGCUUCGUCAAGGCGCUCGAGGACCUGCACAAGCAGAACCAGCUGGGCGCGGGCAGCGGCGUGUCGGCCGUGCCCGUGGCCGGGGCGCCCUCGGGCACGGCGGGCGCGGCGCCCCCCGGGGAGCCGGGCCCGGCCGCGGCCACGCCCGAGGCGCCCGUCUACGCGAACUUGAGCAGCUACGCGGGCGCCGGCGCGGGCUCGUGCUCGGUCUCCGUCUCCGGGCCCGGCGCGGCCGAGCCCGGCGUGCCGCCCUUCCCGCCGCCGCCGCCGCGCCUGGCCGCGCUCAAGGACGAGCCGCAGACGGUGCCCGACGUGCCGAGCUUCGGCGACAGCCCGCCGCUGUCGCCCAUCGACAUGGACACGCAGGAGCGCAUCAAGGCCGAGCGCAAGCGGCUGCGCAACCGCAUCGCCGCCUCCAAGUGCCGCAAGCGCAAGCUGGAGCGCAUCUCGCGCCUGGAGGAGAAGGUGAAGUCGCUCAAGAGCCAGAACACCGAGCUGGCGUCCACGGCCAGCCUGCUGCGCGAGCAGGUGGCGCAGCUCAAGCAGAAGGUGCUCAGCCACGUCAACAGCGGCUGCCAGCUGCUGCCGCAGCACCAGGUGCCCGCGUACUGAGCCCGGCCCGCCCCGGGCCUGCCCGGACUCCGCGCAGGGCGCCAAGG